CACCCCUCCGCCGUCCCGCCCCGGCCGCCGCCGACGAAGGAAGUCGUCUCGAGACGGGGGCGAGCCGGCUUUCUUUCCCAGGUCGGAGGAAGCGUCCGUCAUCAGAAGUCCUGUCGUAUAUUUGUCGAAAGGUUGCGUCUCUCUCUCUCUCCGGACAAGCGGGCGAAAGCCAAGGAGGGCAACAAAAGGUAGGAACAAAACGGCGACACGGAGUACGGGCGGGAGAUCGAAAGCGGGAAGAUGUUCACGCGAUCCGGGAGCUCGCCCUCUGACAAAAGCGCCGCGGGGUCCCCGCCCGCUAGGCGAAGGUUGAGUUUCAGCGGGAUGUUCCGCUCCGGCUCCGCCUCCAAGGACGCGGAGCGCCACGUCGCCGGCAAACUCUUGGCGCGAAGCAGGACCGCAAAAAACAGAACCUUCAGCUUGUCGUCUCCGCCGCCGGCCGCACCCCCCGCCUUUCGCCUGGAGACGUACGCCGCCGAGCCCAGACGUCUGCGAUCUUAUUCGUCGCCUCCGGACGCCGGACCGCGCCCGGGGCCUUCGGCCCCGCCUCUUCCUGUCGACGACCAGGAGGCGGCGGCCCAGUCGCGGCGGCAUUCGGCGGAGGAAGACGACGACGCGAACGGCGACUCGGAGGGGGACGUCUACACGCGUUUCAUGAGGUCUCACAAGUGCUACGACAUCAUCCCCGCCAGCUCCAAGCUGGUCGUCUUUGACACCACGCUGCAGGUGAAGAAAGCCUUCUUUGCGCUGGUGGCCAACGGCGUCCGGGCCGCUCCUCUGUGGGAAAGCAAGAAACAAAGUUUUGUCGGGAUGCUGACUAUAACGGACUUCAUCAACAUCUUGACCAGAUACUACAAGUCACCCAUGGUGCAGAUUUACGAACUGGAGGAACACAAGAUCGAGUCGUGGCGAGAACUUUACCUGCAGGAGACCUUCAAGCCUCUGGUCCACAUCUCACCGGACGCCAGCGUCUUCGAGGCGGUGAGCUCGUUGAUCCGGAACAAGAUCCACCGUCUUCCCGUCAUCGACCCGCUGAGCGGCAACGCGCUCUACAUCUUGACGCACAAACGGAUCCUCAAGUUCCUGCAGCUCUUUUUGUGCGAGAUGCCCAGGCCCGCCUUUAUGAAGAAGACGCUGGAGGAAGUGGGAGUGGGCACUUACGACGACGUGGCCUACAUCCACCCGGACACGGACCUCAUCACGGCCCUGUCCGUCUUCACGCGCCGUCGCGUCUCGGCCCUGCCCGUCGUCGAUCGCCUGGGCCAAGUGGUGGACAUCUACUCCAAGUUCGACGUGAUCAACCUGGCGGCGGAGAAGACCUACAAUGACCUGGACGUGACCGUCACGCAGGCGCUCAGACACCGCUCGCAGUACUUCGAGGGCGUCAUGAAGUGCAACAAGACAGAGACUCUGGAGACCAUCGUCGACCGCAUCGUCAAGGCCGAGGUUCACAGGUUGGUGGCGGUGGACGAAGAGUCUCGCAUCGUGGGCAUCGUGUCCUUGUCGGACAUCCUCCAGGCGCUCGUCCUGACCCCGGCCGGCGCGCUACGGAACGAGCGCUCGACGGACACUCCCGCCGGUUCGGACUCGGCGUCGGAACAGAAAGUCGACCGCGACCCGGAGGAUGACCGACGCGACCGGGAUCUUAACGCAGAACGGAACGAGCCGGACCGGGAGCCUGACCCCGGUCGAGAUAGGGACAUCGACCGUGAACCGAAAUCUGAAGGGGAACCGGACCGGGUCGGCGAACGCGAUCCAGUCGAGGGACGAGACCGCGGUCCAGAUGGGGACAUUGACCGGGAACGGGAUCCCGAAUCCGACCGUGACACGGCUCGGGAUGGGGACGUUGACCUUGACAAAGAAGAGAAAUCGGAGCGGGAGCCCAUACGGGACUUUGAGAGGGAAGAGGGCGAGGACGGAGACGAGGACGAUGAGCCCAACGAUGAAAGCGAGCGGGACGUCGACCGUGAGCACGGCAGCGGUUUGUAAAGUCAGCUAUCGUAGCCUACCGGCUCGGCUAGUUGCCGUCACUGCCCGAGUGCGAGUCUCGGCAGUUUGCCAAUACCAACGGCGGGCGGGUGGGUGAGGGAUGAUUUUUGCAAAGAGCCCACUGACUCCGGUGGUCACCUACCGUGGCGAGUCUCGUUCAGUUCUUUGAAGGCACCGUCAAUGGAGAACUUGAGUAAAGCCUCAUCUUGUUUCUUUCCACAUUUCAAAGUUGGUAUCGUGACAUUUGUGUUUUUUCAUCAAUAGUAAUAAUUGACGAAAAGGAAAGUUUGGUUAGGGUUGCAUUUGUUUUCUUGACGAAUUGCAAACUUGAACGUAAUCUGUUCAGUUAUCAAGUUUUUUGGUCUCACCUUUAAUGAUAUGGGAAUGUACUAGAGACCAACUCCUUUCGAUUCAAAGAUUGGUCAUCCACCUAUCCUCGUCAAUGACACCGAGAGAACACAUUUUUCUGUACACUCGCAUCAACUUAAGAUUCAGUUUGUCGGUGGCCAAUGAGAGGCGUGUCGGCCGGCUAGAGGCGGAGCUCCCGCAGGACUAUCUCCUCCAAUCGGGCGUAACGCCGCAGCAUCUCGUCGUACACCUGACAGACACACACGCUACAAUGACCGAUUUGGUCUCCGGACCAAAGCGGGGGUUUCAAGCCCGUGUACCUGCUGCGCGCGUGGCUGCGGCGUGGCGGCGAGUCGCGCUUCGGGAGCUUUCCUCAUCACGUCAAAGAAAGACUCUCCCGAUGGGUCCAAUACCCCUGGAAGGACGUCCGGACGCAAACCCGUCGCUCGUCGGAACCACAAAAACACUACCACCUACUAAAGUAGGCGUCGGCUUACCGUGCAGUGCCCUGUAUGCGGAACCGAGGCAAGCGGAGUCGGACACGUCCAUGGUGUAAACCGGCGCGUUAAACACGUCGCACAAGACCUGACGCGCACACAAAUAUAAAGAAAAGGGCGGCGCUGGCGACCAGCGUUCGGCUUUCCCGCUCACCUGUAGGAUGUCCUUGUUACACGAGGCUCCCCCCGUGGCCAAAAUUCGACUUCCUGGAACUGGAGUCGCACGAAUGACCGCGCGUUUCUCGGGCCGUUCGCGCGCGCUCAUUUUCUUACCGACGGAGUAACCCAGACGUUCGGCGUGGAGCCGCCGUGACAGGAACUGACCCUCCACCAGGGCUCGCACCUCCGCCUCGGCGCUAAGCGACGACACCUGCGGGACGACCAGAGUCUCGAACAAAGAGGACGUCGGGACGAGCGUGCGUCGUACCUCCUCGUCCUCCGCGUCAAAGAGAUGAAUUCCCACGGCGGGGGGCGUGAUCUCCAUCACGUCAAAAUAAAAGCCUGCGGACGGGACGUGAGAGAGAGCCAGGACGGGUGGUUUACGUCAGCUUACCGAUGUAGCCGUCGUUUCCCAGGGGAGUUUGUCUCAAAGCGGCGGAAAAAGUUUCCCACGACGCUCCGGCGCAGCGGUUCCUCAGUCGCUCCCGGGUCAAAGAUCCGUUCUUGAAGCUGAGGACGACGCAACACCGGUACGCCUCGCCGGCCUGGACGGCGACGUCAAAAACCUCACCACAACAAGGCCAUGAAUUGUCGCCAGUCGACGGGAUUGAUGAAGACGUGACCUUCCGGUGCCGGACGGGCGUGCCGCAGCCACACGAAGACGGUGUCGCUGGUCCCCAGACUCACCUAGCGCGCGGAAGCCGUUAGCUAGAUGCGGUAAGGACGCGCGCGUGUGCGCGCGCACUUACGGCCAGGUCUCCCUCCCGGAGUCUCAUUCCCGCCAAAGACGCUGUCGGAAAGAGAGGACGCCGUUACCCUCGCCGGCGCGCCGUCGGCCGAGCGGACUCACCCGGGUUGUCCCCGGUGAAGGCCACCACCGAGCAUUUGUCCGAGAAACCCAAUCUGUUGACCCAGUAGGGCGACACGGCGCCCUGAGGUUGACGGCAAUGAGGAUUUGCAUUUUCUUCUUUUCGUAAGCGUGUAUGGCUGGCGGUGAAUUAGCAAUUAGUGAUAACUUUAGUUGACUGAGAGCGCUCACCAGGACUGACGCGGAGGGCAACGGCGCGCCCAGCAGGCGCUCCAGACCGGGACACACGGCCUCCAGGCACACCCGGCUCCACUUUUUGCUCCUGAUAUCUAGGAGGUUCAUCCCAGAAGCUUCAAAGAGCAUCCGAGUCAAUUCCGGCCAUGGCAAAAAAAAAAAAAAAAAAAAAAGCUCCGGCACCCACCGUCGCUGUAGUCGAUGGCGGCGUAAUCGCCGAGGAAGAGCGACGCCGCGAAGCUGCUGACCAGCGAAAUCCUCUGUAAGGGAGGCGGCGACCGAGUCAACUCGAGUCGAGUCAGAGCUUUAAAAAGGUCGGCGGGCACUCCACCUCGGUCUCCCCGAACUCUCGCGGUCGCUCCUCACGCAUUUUGCAAAUCUGACUCCCUGUGAAACGCUGCACAAACACAAAACCGUCACCCCACGCACGCGCGUGAGCUUUCGGCAGACAGAAGAGCACCUCGUAGGCCCUGGAGCCCGUGAUUUCCGCCAACUCGGCGGCGCCCCCCGCCGCCUCUUGCAAGCGCUCGCACUGUCGCCCGCUACUAGAAUCCAUCCACACGGGGCUGUCGCGCACCGAGAAACAGUCCUGAAACAUCGCGUGCCGUCAAAGUCUGACCGACGCGCGUCGGGCCGGACGAACCCGCGCACCCGGAGUUGCCGGCUCAGGCGGUGGUCUCCGCGAAGGCCGCGAAGGGCGAGUCCCGCUCCGUUCUUCCAGUACACGCUGCCGUGUUGCUGAGAAACGGAGAGGUCGUUUCCCACCGCGGCUUUUGACGCGAGCUUGUGAGGAAAGGUCAAAAAGUCACCUGACCGCUGCCGGACAACGCUCGCACCCGGGAGAAGUCGAAGCCCGCUUCCCGCAUCUGCUCCAGCAGGAGGUCCAGAGCCUGAAGCGGCGGCGCCGACCUCCGUUAUUACCGAGCGUGCGGUUGCCCGCCGGCCGGCCGGCCUCCCCCGUUUUGUACCUUGACCCACAUAAGAGCGGGCGACGUCACCGUUAGACCGUCCUCGCCCACGUGGACGCCUCCCUCCGUCCUGCGCCCCGCAAUUAAAGUCACGUGAUUAGUAUCCGCUUCGGGAAGAAUGAAAACGAUUCCAAAAUCGAAAAGGCGACAGCCAAUCGGCUCAGCCGACACCCACGCCCGGGCGGCACAUUACUUGUCUCUUAAAGGGGCUGCGCUUAGUUACGGACAUGACAUUAUCAUUGCUCAAUAUAGUGUCAUGUGUUUGCUAGUAUUGCUAAUUUGUGAGAAUGUUGCUGCUUAACAAAAACUAAUAAACACACAACAAAAAAUAGAUACCUGAAACUCACCUGGAGGAAGUGGAACUGAGUGUGUGUGUGUCGUAGAACAUGAAUAAGCUCAAGAGUCUCCCUGGUUUGAGUAUGGGCACACAAACCUAAAGUCAAAUGUCUGUAUACUUUACACAAACUUGACAUAUCCCAUUACGCGAACGAGUAACUCCACUGGCGUCUUGCCCCCCUAAAAUAAUCUCAAGCCCCCCCCCC